AAGUGCCCACCACUAGGGAUCCAGCUGAUCAUGCAUGACAUGUGCUUGUACGUGUUUACCAACACUGACUAACAACGUGAAUAACAAUCGCAGAGGUAAAAAUGACGAACCUGCGCAAGGAACUGGAGAAGUGCAAGCACCCUAACAGUCGGAAAACCAAGGCGCUGGGCAAGAAGGCACGUCGUCAAAACAACAAGCACAAGGUCCGUUUGGGCCAUGCCAUCAAAAGCAACAUCACCGGCGAGAAGUUGAGCUGGUUUCUCGGGCAAAUCGAUGAGGGACGCACUGAACCGCUGACUCCGCAGGAGUUGGAGGAUCUGAUUGAGCUCUAUUUCACCCGAUUCGACGAGGAGCUGGAGCAGAUCAACCUAAAGCAGUCGAUUGGCAAACAUCGGGCCAAUCAGCAUGCAGCCCGCAAGGAUGUGAUCACCAUGACGCUGGAGAAGGAACGCAACGAGUUCCGCACUGGCGGCCUGGAGCUGAUGAACCUCUGCGAUCCACUCAAGUUGAAAAUGCUGAGAGAUUGGGACGGCAGUGCCCUCAGUGUACAGCACCUGAAACUCGACCUGGUCUCCUAUAACAUGUUGCAGCGGCUGAAGGAGCAGUCUGGUAAAACAGAAACCAGCGAGCAGAUGGAAACAUAAAAUAAAUGUAUAUUAAAAACUA